AAAAACAACCACAUUCGAAUGCAUGUUAAUGCGCCAAAAAACAUUCCUACUACUUUUGCAAAACAUUUGCAAACAAUUUAAAUAAACAUCUGCCUGCUGAAAAAAAGUUAAACAGUUUGCGUAAAACCUUCUUCUAAACAAAUUAUAAACUAAAUACAAAGUCAUCAACAUGGUUGAACGCAUUGAAGAUUUAAAUUUACCCAACGCUGUCAUUACCCGUCUCAUCAAAGAAGGUUUGCCUGAUAGUGCUAAUGUUUCCAAAGAAGCUAGAGCAGCCAUUGCCCGGGCGGCAUCUGUUUUUGUUAUAUUCCUCACCUCUACUUCAACCGCAUUGGCCCGUAAACAAAAUCAUAAAACUAUUACAGCUACAAAUAUUUUAGAUGCUCUUAAGCAGCUGGAGUUUGAGAGUUUUGUAGAGCCGCUAACAAAAGAUUUGGAAGCCUAUCGAAAGGUAGUGAAAGAUAAAAAGGAUAAGGGUAAGAAGGAUGCAAGUGCUACAGAGAAUGGUGAGAAAGAAGCGGAGGCAGAAGCUACGUAGAGAGAGUAGUUGUAGCAAAAACUGCUGGUGUAUUCAUUAGUAGGUCUGGGAGCAGAAUUUGUUUAUAUUAAGUUGUAUUGUGUUUAUUUUAUUAAUACAAAUGUUUUGAAUAAACCAUAAUUUUUAUACAAAAUAUAAAAAA